ACCGCUUAGCGUAAAUAAGGAAAUAAAAGUACAAGUAAUAGUGUUCGGAGGGCUAUGACGAAAACGUCGCGCUGUAAAACAAGGAACCAAGUCGGCACGGCGUUUUAUCUUUCAGUGCGCCUCCUGUAGUCAACACCUCUACACCUGUAACACCUGUCAUAAAACUUGAGUGCCCGCGUCUCUGCAGCCGUAUGACUUGUACACAGUGAUGAGUUCAGUUUUAUUGUGUUUCUAGAUACUACCUACUUCAACAUGUUGACAGGGUGGAGGCUGGUUCUAUCAAAAUUGUUCCUCAUACCGCAGCGGUAUGUGUUCGCAAUCAUGGCGCUGUUGGCGAUCGCCAACGCCUACACGAUGCGAGUCUGUCUCAACAUGGCCAUCACUCAGAUGGUGAGGAAGACGACGGCUGUGGAAGGCGACCCGCAUUUUGACCCCGAUGCAUGCCCGGACCCGGUUAUGAAGACCGUCGUGCCGGGUAACACUACUGCCACUUACUUUAAAAGCGAGGCAGUUUUAUUCGAAUGGAGCGAAGCCACCCAAGGCUUGCUCUUAAGUGCUUUCUACUUUGGUUACGUCCUCACGCACAUUCCUGGAGGCAUGUUGGCAGAGCGGUUUGGAGGCAAAUGGGUCCUUGGCUUGGGUCUCCUGUCUACUGCUCUCUGUACUUUCAUCACCCCAGUUGUGACUAAGAUGGGUGGAGCACCGGCGCUGUUUGCGUUGAGAGUCAUUGAAGGAUUUGGUGAAGGUCCAACAAUGCCUGCACUGAUGUCAAUGGUAUCCCGCUGGGCUCCAAAAACCGAACGUGCGAGGAUAGGUUCAAUCGUGUUCGGAGGUGCUCAGAUCGGAAACAUUGCGGGAACGUUCUUCUCAGGAUUUGUUCUGAGCGAUGGAGUCUGGGACAACGUGUUUUACUUAUUCGGAGGACUGGGGCUAGUUUGGUUUGUUCUUUGGUGUGUCCUUUGCUACAGCACGCCGAACACCCACCCCUACAUUUCGGACAAAGAAAAGAAAUUUUUAAACGAGAAUGUAGCAUCUCUGAUCAGCACCUCACAGCACGAGCUAGACCCGGUACCUUGGAAAGCGCUGCUGCGCUCCGUGCCUCUGUGGGCUUUAAUUAUUGCGGGAGUCGGACACGACUGGGGAUACUUUACAAUGGUGACCGAUCUCCCCAAGUACAUGACUGACGUCCUGAAGUUCAACAUUAAGGCUGCCGGCGUGUUGUCUUCCCUGCCUUAUAUCUCUAUGUGGAUAGCCGCCUUCUUCUUUGGUCUGCUUUGUGACUUCUGUGUCAAACGGGGAUACCACAGCAUUCUUAAUGCUAGGAAAAUCUAUACUACAAUAGCUGCCACGGGUCCCGGUAUCUGCAUCAUCAUGGCUUCAUACUCCGGCUGUGACACGACGCUGGCCGUGUUCUGGUUCGUGGCAGCCAUGACGCUGAUGGGAGCGUACUACAGCGGCAUGAAGAUCAACGCGUUGGAUAUCACACCGAACUACGCUGGCACCACCACCGCCAUGGUUAAUGGGAUAGCAGCUAUAUCUGCCAUUAUAACGCCGUAUCUUAUUGGCCUUUUGACUCCACAGUCGACCCUAGCGCAAUGGCGGAUAGCAUUCUGGGUAUGCCUAGCGGUGCUAGUCAUAACCAACAUCAUCUACCUCAUCUGGGCACAAGGAGAGCCCCAAUGGUGGGACGACGUCAAGAAAUACGGGUAUCCGCCUAAUUGGAAACAUGGCCCGCUACCCACCAAGAAGAAGGACAGUGAAGCACCCAAAGAAAGUAAAGAAAAACAGAAAGAGUGACUGAAAUGACAAUUAGUAAUAUUGUAAUAUGGUUUUAAUUUAUAUUUAAAUGUACAAAUAGGAUUAAAUACGUUAAUGAGUA